CCUGGAAGCCUGCUGCAGUGCUUGUUCUACUUCAGUAUACCAUGAAUGCAGGAUGCAGCCAGUCAUAUAAAGGAUUCUCUUCUUCACAGAAUGGAAGAAAGACGUGAAGUACAAACCUGAAUGCAACCUGAAAGGUCCAAGUAGAUGAGCUUGUGACAUCCCGUGCCAGUGCCCAGGGAUACCACAUACCCCAGCUGUGCCUAUUCAGAUCUGGACAACACUGAUUAAUACAACCAAGUUGUCACAAAAAAAUAAGUGGGCAAGCUGAAUGUCAGGAUGCAAGUCGUUACUAUUAUAAUACUACUUCUUCUCUGUAAAGCAUCUGACUUUAGGAGGACAAGGAAUAGGAAUCUGAGAAAAAAUGAAAGGGAAAACAUCUUAAGAAGAGCAUCUAGCACCGUUAAGCGCAACGCCCAAGGCCAACCAUGUGAGAUAUAUGUUUACCUUCAUGAGAAAUAUCUAGAUUGUCAGGAAAGAAAAUUGGUUUUUGUGGCACCUGAUUGGCCCGAGGAUUUGAAGCACAUGCUGCUAGCAAGAAACAGGAUUCGUAAAUUGAAGAAUAAUAUGUUUUCUAAAUAUAAAGUAUUGAAAAGUCUGGAUUUACAGCAGAAUGACAUAUCAAAAAUUGAGAGCCAGGCUUUCUUUGGUUUGAAUAAACUUACCACACUCCUACUCCAGCAUAACCAAAUUAAGAGUUUAUCUGAGGAGAUUUUUAUUUAUACGCCCAGUCUAAACUACCUUCGUCUUUAUGAUAAUCCCUGGCAUUGCAAUUGUGAACUAGAAACUCUUGUUACAAUGCUACAGGUUCCAACAAACAGAAAUUUGGGAAACUAUGCCAAGUGUACGUCCCCAAUAGAACUCAAAAAUCAGAAGCUAAAACAGAUAAAAGCUGAACAGCUAUGUAGUGAAGAGGACAGGCAAGAUCCACGAAACAUAAAACAGAAGCCUGAAGUUACCAAACCAGAAUUUGAUUCUUCUUUGUGCCACAUGUAUGUGUUUCCUGUACCAACUCUGAACUGCAAGAGAAAAGAUUUAAAGAAAGUCCCAGGUAACAUACCUCCAGAUAUAAUUAAACUUGAUUUGUCCAACAACAAAAUUAGACAACUUCGACCCAAAGAGUUUGAAGACGUCAGUGAACUGAAGGUACUAAACCUAAACAGUAAUGGAAUAACAUACAUUGAUCCUGCUGCUUUCUCAGGGCUCAAUAACUUAGAAGAGUUGGAUCUAUCUAACAACAGCUUGCAGAAUUUUGAAUAUGGAGUACUGGAAGAUCUUUACUUUCUGAAAGUUCUGUGGCUGAGAGAGAAUCCUUGGAGAUGUGAUUACAACAUUCAUUAUCUUUUCUACUGGUUGAAGCAUCACUACAAUGUCCACUACAAUGGCCUAGAAUGCAAAAUGCCUGAGGAAUACAAAGGAUGGUCUGUUGGAAAAUAUGUUCGGAGUUAUUACGAGGAGUGUCCAAAAGACAAGCUGCCCAUUUAUCCAGAAACUUUUGAUCUGGACAAAGACGAUGAGGAAUGGGAACGACACAAAGAAAAGUCAGUUCAAACAGUUAAAAAGCACAGUGUAAUUGUCACUGUGCUAGGCUAAUAAGGAACACCUUUUCUUUUUAGUCAAUUCAAAUAUUUGGUAUUCUGGCAAGAAAAGGAACCCAACGCACUGUUUACAUUUUUGUUAAUUAUACAGAUUGCAAGACUAUUUGCCUACAAGGAUUUCUGUUUAAUGCAGUAAAUAAGUACAGAAUGGCAUUAGUUACACAGAAUCCUUCAAUAAGUAGUUGUUUGUGACAGUUUGUUCUGCACUCUUUUGUGAAAUUUUCUGGUAGAAAUUCAAAACUAUGCAGUAAAAAUAGAUAGACAAAUGUAGACGUGGUGGGGAGGAGCUGUGCAUGAACAUUAUGUAUGAAUGCAGGUUAUGCGUUGACAUGGAGUCGCUGCAGGACUGUGACCAACUUUCUUGAAUGCAUUGCCAGUUCUUUGUAUCUAUCAGUUUCCUAAAAUAUUCCCAGAAAACAUUUUUAAGAUUUUGUAUCAGCCUCCUGUUGUUUUAUUGUAUAUAAAAAAAACCACCACCACCACCACCAACAACAACAACAAAAAACCCUGAGGACUUAAAUACGGUUCUAUAAGAACAGGAAUGGUAGUUGUUACACUGAUUAACAUUCAAACCCAGAAUUUGGGUUCUAUUUGCUGAUUUACCUGUGUUCCUAUUCUGUCCUAACUCAACAACCCAGCUUCUGCCUCUUCUGUGUCUGAGCUGCCCCAAAAUAGGAGUAGCCAAGCACGGUUAGUUCCCAAGAUGCAGUUCCACAUGUUCAUAUUACUGAAGCCUUCCUAGGAAGCACUUCAGUCAUAUCAGCUUACACAACCUCCCUUCUAGAUCAAGAAGCACACAUAGGCUGCUGCAGUCUGCAUUCCACGUGCUGAUGCCCACACAAACUGAAGGUAAGUAUGCAUCUAAGUGCUCGUAGAAGAGCUGGAUAAUCUCACAGCUUACUCUUCCCAAAACUCAAUUGUAAAAAUGCACAUUAUACUAUCUCUUCAUCACAUAGCUGUCUAUGUGAACACAUAUUCUUGAAAACCUCUGAUUAUUCUAGUAUAAAGACAUAGAAAUGCCCUGGCUAACCAGUCAGUAUCUCUAAAGUUCCUUGCUAUGUAUUCCUUUACCAAAAAGAGCUACUUUUACUGAAAGACUCCUACUAGCUUUUACGUAAUGCCUCUGUCUUUUUUUAAUUUCUGCACUAUUGAACUAGACCUACUGCCUGUUAAAGAUAGCUAUUAUAAACUCUUCCACACACAAAAAGGAUAAGUAAUUCUCCAGACAAGUGGGGGGAUGCUGGAUUAAAACUUCAAUAUUCCUAGCUCAAGGAAAUCCUAGAUCAAGUAAUAAAUAUGCAGUGCAGGAUAGAGAUUCAGAGCCAAAAAUUAAAUAUCUGUUGGCCAUCAUGGAAGAAAUUCUGGAACACUCAAGAGUGAAAUCUUGCUCUUUUAAAGCUCUUCACACAAAUGUGGUGUUUGUGGGUUCCUCUGAUUCUCCAGUAACAAUCCGAAAAAGUCAGAUGUUUUUGUUUAGAAGUGUAAUACAAAGUACUCAGCACUUUUAUGCUUGCAUGAAGUUAAA